AGCUGCAAGCGUUCUCCUAAACUUCUGUAACUUUCUCUCUCCCCUCACAUUUCUCUCUCUUUCAUUCUCUGAAUUCUACCUGUGUUUGAUCCGUUCAGAUGACCUAACACUCGAAACCCUUUUCACAAUUCUGCAAAUCAAACAUGAAAUGUUGAAGAUUCUUAGCAUAGAUCACAACCCUUUUCCUGAUGACACUCCAUAAAUGGAAACCUUCACUUUUUGCGGUUCUUUUCUAAGUUUAAUCAAAAGAGUUUGAUCUUCUCUUUUGAGUAAAAUCUGAGAUUUGGUAUAAAAAUUCAGUUUAAAGUUGUGGGCUGGUAAGAAAUUGGAGAUUUAUUUGGGAAGUUAAUGAUAGGCCAUUGGCAUCUAUGAAGACUAUGCGGAUGGUUGGGACAAAUAAGAGGGUACUGUGUUGGCUGCCCAACAAUUGUUUCACAUGGAAUGGCAGAUCCUGCUAGUUAUGUCAAUCCUGAUCGUGACAUUGAGCAGGCACUGGUUGCUUUGAAGAAAGGAACUCAGUUGAUCAAGUACAGCAGGCAAGGAAAGCCUAAGUUUUGCCCCUUCAGACUUUCUGCAGAUGAAACAACACUGCUCUGGUUCUCGCGUGGGUCAGAGAGGACUCUAAAGCUAUCUACUGUUCAACGGAUUAUUCCUGGGCAGAGAACCCCUGUAUUUAGAAGAUUUUUAAGACCAGAAAAGGAGUAUUUGUCAUUUUCACUGAUAUAUAACAACGGCGAAAGAUCUCUUGAUCUGAUUUGCAAGGAUAAAGCUGAAGCAGAGGUUUGGAUUGCUGGCUUGAAGGCUGUAACUUCAACUGGCCAAGCUCGUGGUAGACGAACUCGGAGUGAUAUUCCUGAUCUACGUGACUCAGUUAGCGAUUCCAUUCAGAACGGACGCCCAUUUGGAUCAACACUAGAGUUUACUUCAAGUAUCCCUCGUGGCAGAGUUUCUUUGGAUCUAGGUUCUCGUGAAACAAACUCAAAUUCUCCAUGCUCAGAUGUGGGUUCUGAGAGUACAACAACUAUGCAAGGAAGAACAAGUGGUGGAGAUGGUUUCCGUCUUAGCGUAUCAAGCACUCCUAGUUGUUCAAGUGCAGGUUCUGGACCCGAUGAUAUAGAAUCUUUGGGAGAUGUUUAUGUCUGGGGUGAAAUUUGGUCUGAUGGUGUAUCAACCGACAGAUAUGGGAACCCCAUCCCCAUAAUAAAUGAUGUACUGACUCCUAAGCCCUUGGAGUCAAAUGUAGUACUUGAUGUUCAGCAAAUUGCUUGUGGUUCUCGACAUGUUGCCCUGGUUACAAGGCAGGGUGAGGUCUUCACCUGGGGAGAGGAAUCUGGGGGGAGGCUUGGUCAUGGAAUCGAAAAAGACUUCAGUCGUCCUCGUCUUGUUGAAUAUUUAGCAGUUACAAAUAUAGAUUUUGUUGCCUGUGGUGAACAUCAUACAUGUGCUGUAUCUACUUCUGGCGAUUUAUACACAUGGGGAGAUGGCAACCACAAUGCUGGACUUCUUGGUCAUGGGAAUGAUAGUAGCCACUGGAUACCCAAAAGAGUUUCAGGUCCUCUGGAAGGCCUUCAAGUUUUGUCCGUUGCUUGUGGGACAUGGCAUUCAGCAUUGGCAACUUCCAGUGGAAAGUUAUUCACAUUUGGUGAUGGAUCAUUUGGAGUUUUAGGUCAUGGUGAUCGUGAAAGCGUCACUUAUCCAAAGGAAGUUCAACUGUUGAGUGGAUUGAAGACUGUCAAAGUUGCUUGUGGUGUGUGGCACACGGCGGCUAUUGUAGAGGUCACAAACCAGGCUUCCAAUGUUUCCUCUAAGAAGUUAUUUACCUGGGGUGAUGGAGACAAAAAUAGAUUGGGUCACGGAAAUAAAGAAACUUAUCUUCUCCCAACCUGUGUCUCUGCACUUAUUGAUUACAAUUUCCACCAGAUAGCAUGUGGAAAUAAUUCAACUGUUGCCCUUACAACAUCAGGUCAUAUCUUCACUAUGGGAAGUAAUGCAUGUGGUCAGUUGGGAAAUCCAGAAUACGAUGGAAAACUGCCUUGUUUAGUGCAAGAUAGAUUAGUUGGAGAAUUUGUAGAAGAAAUAGCUUGUGGAGCAUUUCAUGUUGCAGCCCUGACUUCCAGAAGUGAAGUUUUUACCUGGGGAAAAGGUGCUAAUGGAAGGUUGGGACAUGGAGAUUUGGAAGAUCGCAACAUUCCCACAUUUGUUGAAGCGCUAAAAGACAGGCAUGUGAAGAACAUAGCGUGUGGCUCAAAUUAUACAGCUAGCAUUUGCAUUCAUAAAUGGGUGUCCGGGGCGGAUCAAUCACUUUGCAGUGGUUGUCGGCAAGCUUUUGGUUUUACUCGAAAAAGACACAACUGCUAUAACUGUGGCCUUGUUCAUUGCCAUGCUUGCAGUUCUAAGAAGGCAAUGAAAGCAGCAUUAGCUCCAACUCCUGGAAAACCACAUAGAGUUUGUGACUCCUGCUAUAUUAAGCUUAAAAAGGCGGCAGAGGUUGGGAGCGUAUCACUCAGCCGGAAAGGGACUGGUGUUCAUCGUCCCACUGACAGUAGUAUUAGAGCGGACAGAGGAGAAGUUAGGUCUUCCAGGAUUCUGCUCUCCCCGAAGACAGAGUCAGUCCGAUAUCUCGAGGUCAGGUCAGGAAACCCUGGGAUAAGAAAUGACUACGCAAUGGUGCGAGCAUCCCAAGUUCCAUCACUAGUACACUUGAAAGAUAUUGCAUUUCCAAGUUCACUUAGUGCUCUUCAAUAUGCUCUUAAACCUGUGGCAGUUAAUGCUCCUCCACCCCAGCUACAGCUGCAGCCACCACCCCAACCUUCAUCCAAUUCCCGGCCUGCUUCACCAUAUUCAAGGAGACCAAGUCCUCCGCGCUCUGUUACUCCAGUGUUUUCCAGGGGUGUGAUUGAUAGUUUGAAAAAGACGAACGAACUUCUGAAUCAAGAAGUAUCCAAACUGCAAAAUCAAGUAUGUCUUGCUUUCUGUAGGCACUUGCCUGUGUCAAAUGUAAACUUCUCUUUCAGUUAUCUCAUUUUGAUGGUUGUCUUUCCUUCAAAAUGAUUAGAUGAAAAGUUUGAAGCAGAAGAGUGAAUUCCAAGAUGAGGAAAUGCGCAGGCUAAGGGACAAAGUCCAAGAAUCUGUUUCAUUGGCUGCAGAGAGAUCCUCCAAGUGCACCGUGGCAGUUAAAGUCAUGAAGUCCAUUGCAACACAAGUAAUUUUUCAAUCCCACUUCUUCAGAAGCCUAUGCUAUUAAUAUGUAUUGAAGAUUAUUGUAACCUCGUGAUCAUGUAAGUUGCAUCACCAACAUUUAACUCCUUGUUGCUUGACAUGGCACAGUUGAAAGAAGUUACAGAGAAGUUGCCUUCAGAUAUUUCGGAGAAAGAGAGUUUCCAAUCCAUGCAGACUCAAGUAGAAUCUUUCCUGGAAAACAUUGGACCUGUAGAACUCGAAACCGGUUCUUCUUCUCCACCAAAUGUCUCACAUGUUGAAAAUAAUGUAAAUACUCCAAGAUUCCAGGAAAUACAGCAAAAUUCAGAAACUCCAAGGGGUGCCAACGGAUCCCCUAUCUCCGAUACCACUGAAGGUGCAGCUCAGCCUAGUACAGAGAAUAGACCACCAUCAUCCAAAGCUUCUGCACGCGAGGUUAUUGAACAGUUCGAACCUGGAGUUUAUGUAACACUCCUCCAACUUAGUGAUGGAACCAAAAUUUUCAAGCGAGUCAAAUUCAGGUACCACACUACAUUGACUUUCUCUUUUUUCCAUCAACAAUACUGAAGCCUUCAAAUACAUAUCUUUUGUAUCUAUCUGCUCAUCAAAAACAAAAAAUGAAACACAUAAUUACUACAGAUCUUUGAUCCUUCCAAACUUGCUAGAUUAAAAAAUCAAGGCUCAAACAUCUCCAAAAUGUCAGGAAAAUUCAAAUAUGAAUUAAUACUGGUUCGUUUUCUCCGCUAUAAAAAUAAACUUUUAUAGACAAUCCUUACCAUAAGAAAUACAUCUACUGUGCUCAAUUCCCUUGCAGUAAAAGAAGGUUUGUGGAGCAGCAGGCAGAAGUAUGGUGGAAGGAAAAUAAAGACAGGCUGCUCCAAAAAUAUAAUGCGCCAAAAGCGACUAGCGCGCCAACUGAACCCUCAGGAGCUGAAGCAUCCGAGGAACAAAGCGAAACCACACAAACUUCAUAGGACUAAUUGUAGCUCAGUUUCUUAGUGAUUUAAUACAGGAAAUGGAUAGGUAGGAAGCUUAUGUACUUUGUGCUAUAGCACGACGAAUUUAGGAGUCAGACAUAUGAUUCUUCCAGAGAAUAGAAAACUUCACAUUUUCAUAGCAGUCAGCAGAACUGCUAUGGUAGUCUUCUUUUUUGCAGAAAGAAAGCUGAGAGUUUGAUUCUUUUGAAACAGAGUAGAGUACAAGAUUAUGCAACAUGAGAAUGUCUAUCCUUCAACAAUUCAUUUAGUCUCUAGAAAAGGCUGAAUCCUAUUUCUAUUUUGCUUUUUAUACACCUUUAUUUGAAUUCAGAGGAACAAAGAGUGUUUUUCUUGUUUAACUACUGAUCAAAUUAGCAUCUUUUAUGAGUAGUUGCAAAAGCCAA